GCCAUAACUUUUUUUGAUUCUUUGCGUCCCUUCGUUACCAUUCCACUGGGUCACAGAAAUUCAUUGUUUUCUGAGGAUUUGAGAAGACGAAACGUUUCUCUGAUACUCAUUCCCAUAAAAACAUCCCGUCAUUUUCCAUCCUAAGAGUUUUUCUAUUUUAAGGAACUCGUCGAUUUUCAUUGACGACAUACGUACAUGCACAUCGCCAAAUCAAUCCAAGUCAACUCAUACCAUACCAUACCAUACCAUAUCAUACUGCCCACACAUAUCAUACUAUACGAACCAUCACCCCAUCGCCUCCACUGCCAUACUGUUCUGUGAAAGGUAGAAGGCGAAGUUUUAAUUAUUUCUUUGCCGACGAACAGCCAUCGUAGAGUCUACAAUCAUCUGGUGUCACCUCUCACUCUCAAUCACGCUCAAGGAAUACGAUCCACCGUCCAUGAGGCAGAGACAUCACUGCGCAAUCAAUCAAUCCCCAUCAUCGUUAUAACCACACACGAUUCGGCUGGGCCAAUCUCUCGUUCAUUGGAAAUUGUAUCUCGUCGAGAGACCAGAAAGAAAAACCACUUCGAGAUACACGUGAAUGAAGUCGAGUUCUUUCUGCACUUCCUUGGCUGAGAAAAGAGAUACCAUUACCUACUUCCAUCGUUUGCACACCAAUUGAUUGGAUUCACUACUAAUUUGACCCGACUCGACCGUGGGUGACAAUCUUAUCAGGAGGGCAAUCCAUCCUUCAGUCAACAACAAUCCGUGGUGAUCAUUUAAUCGGUCGUUCCGAAUCUUGACAGUGUAUCAAGAACCUAGCCGUCCGAUUUCCAUCGACAUCGUAUACUUGGGUACCACACCAAAAAUAAUUUAAUCGUGACGCGACGGUGACGCUUCCUCAAAAACAUCUAUCGCAAUCAUCGUCAGCCCAAAGAUUUCGUGGUAUCUUGUCUUUACACAUCAUCUGGUCUCCACAUUUCUCAACGGAAUCUCAGCUCGGCCAAGGGGAACGACGUCGAUAAGGUCACGAGUUUGGUCUUGCUGCAAAAGUGAUUUCCCCGACAACAAGCGGCUCAACGCUUCCAAACUUUGGAUUUGAGUUUAAAUUUAGUUUAUUCGAAAAAGAGACAGGAAAGCAGCGAAUGGAAGGGUAACUGGAUCAAUCGACCUUUGGAAAUUUACCAUUUGAAUUGGAAAGCGCGCGUCUGCUGUUUGAAGAAGAAACGUGAUCUCCAUCCGAAUCAUUCACGUUUCAUGCAAAAAGGCUCAUCGUAUUGGAUCAUUCCCAUCAUCAAAUAUUUUAAAUUCUGUACGUUUAACCGCCGAAGAAAGAUUUUUUCUUUUGUUUCUAAAACCUUCAUUGUCGCAAUAGGGAUGGCGCCUAACACGAUGAAUACAGAAAAUUGUCCUCUUGAAACUCAGGAGCUUGUAAAUUUAGCUCGAGAAAUUCUGGUGGUCAACUCAGGCAGUGAAGAAGGAACCAAGAUUUCUCGGAACAUACUUGAAAUGGCGAGUCCAGAAGGUACAGAUAAGCACGCCGAGUCACCGACGGCUAGAUUCACCGCAGUCAAUGGUAGAAGUCAGAAUGAAACCUCGCCCACGACCAAUGGAAACGGAAACGGAAACGUUACUAGUGCCGGAGCAAAUGGAAACGGCGUUGCAAGGAGGGGCUCUGAUGAAAGAGCAAAUGGACAACCUAGAAUUUCACCUCCAGGUCAUGAGAAAUUGACCAUCACAACAACUCAGGAUCAAGACUGGUCUUCGUCGAAAAAUGGAGAACGUACUCAUCUACCUGAUCGCCAAAUGAAUACGAGCCAGAAUUCAAAUCAUUAUUCCGACGAGAAUUCUCACAAACGUAAAAGAUCGGGUUCAAUGGAUCAAGGUUCAUCAUCCGCAAAUUCAUACCAUAGCCAUGCCCUACCAAAUUCAACAAAAGCAACACCAACCACGGCGACUACCGAGUCUGAUGGGAUUAGAGACGAUGGAAGUGUUCGAGCAAAAUCUCAACCUCAUUUAGAUACCAGAGAGACAUACAGCGCAGAUUCACAGUACAGGCAAUUCAUGUCAGCAACCGAUUCAGCUCGGGACACACCUUCGAGUGACUUAUGGCAUACUCGUCAUUAUCCUCAGCAUCCUCAAGUUGCUUCCGAUGAGCAUAUUGGGGAGGUAUUACAAAGAGCAUCUCAAAAUCUGGAUGCACAGCAACAUGAGUACGAUCGUCGUACACUUUCUGGUGAUGAUAAUCGAUAUGCUGAUCCGCAAUCUGCAUACAGCCAAGAGAGACGGGAAUUGUCUGCUCAAUCAGAUCUUAAGAAACGGAAAAGAAACUUCAGCAAUAGGACCAAGACAGGCUGUAUGACAUGCAGAAGACGAAAGAAGAAGUGCGAUGAAUCCAGGCCAGAAUGUAACAAUUGUCUCCGUGGUGGAUUUGUCUGUUCUGGAUAUCAACAACGAGGUUCUUAUCCCAAGGUCGAAAUGAAACAAACUCCAGUUCCAUUACAAUCCAAAACCGAAUACGAAAGCCCUUCUUCAUACACCCAGCCAUCACCAUAUGGAAACCAACCUGGAAUUCCAACUCGAAGGGAACCAUUACCUGGAUAUCGUGGCCAAAGCUUACGUGUAGAUCCUCAUAGCAGAGGCAUAACAGAUACAGACGAUCAAGCAAGCGCAACCACCCUACCUAGUGCUUCCAUCACAAGCCCGGAGAAUAAUCGAAUAUCUGCGUCAGGUUAUGGAAUCCAGCAAACGCCCACUCCUGUGAGUGCAAAUAGUGCCCAUCCAGAUCGCUACAAGAGUGAGUAUCCACGCGUUGGACCUCUUCAUGAUCUUUCUAGGCAAGAACCAAGAACAGAGCCGGAUACUGGAACACCGAAUUCUGCUCGCGAGCCCACUUCGGCUCUUCCCAAUCUACUCAAUCAUCAGAUCCAUCCCGAUAGUCCUCAUAGCAGCGCCCAAGUUGCCGCACAACUAGCACUUUCUCAUCCUGCAAGUCGACAAAGAACUCAAAAGGAAGAAAUGUUAGCUGGUCGUCAUUACUUCCCAUUUGAUAAGGAGCUAGUUCUAGAGCGUGAACGUUGCAAUACAGCUUGUUGGCGUUUUAACAACAGCACAAAUCCUAACAAUGGUGUAUCGCCCGAAGAACGAGCUCGCCAAUUCCGCGAUAUUCUCCAACCACGCGAUCAUGUCAUUUCUCCCACUCAAGCUACUCCUGUCACUCCUGUUGGUAAAGUCGGCGAUAACGUGGUCGUCGAAGCCCCAUUCACUUGUGAUUAUGGAUACAAUAUUAGCAUUGGACAAGAUGUAGCGAUUGGAAAGAAUUGCACGAUUCUUGAUACUUGCGAGGUUAAGAUUGGUGAUCGUUGUAAUAUUGGGCCGAAUGUUAAUCUCUAUACCGCCACGCUACACAUUGAUCCGAAGAGAAGACUUGGAUCCCGAGGACCAAAUUUGGGAAGGAAAAUUAUUAUUCAAGAGGAUUGUUGGAUUGGUGGCGGUGUAACUAUUUUACCUGGCAGGACUAUCGGGAAAGGUAGUACAGUGGGAGCCGGCUCAAUUGUCACAAGAGAUGUUCCACCUUAUACAGUGGUUUGUGGAAAUCCGGCAAGAGUUAUUCGUGGUCUGUAUCCGCCACAUGAAGGCUAGUAAAAUUUCUGCAAAGUCUCAAUAUGAACGAUGAGUCAAUGGGUACCGCUUUAAUAUUUAUUUUAUCUUCCAUUUCAUACUUUUCAAUUGUAUCUAGGGAAUCUUUCUUGGAGUUUUCAGUUUAUGCAACUGUUUGGGCUUUAGAUCGGGAUGGAGAUGUGUACGGAAUGGAAUGGAAAGAGUUGCUUGCUCUGGUAGCUUAUGGCGUAGGGAGCGGCUAGCGGGCUAGGAUGGAUUUUUAGCUUGUUUUUUUUCGUUUGCUUUUGUUUGCUUUUGCUUGUUUGUUUGCGUAGCUCAUUUAUCGAAGAUGGCUGGGGGGGUUUAUGAUAUACAUGUAGGAUGAUUAUGAGGAGGUUAAGAAAGGAAGGGUAGGGUAAGAGAAUACAUGGUGGAAUGAAGGGUGGGAGGGAUAGAUGGAUCGAUGGGAAAAGUAUAUUGUAUUCAUCAAUUCGAUUUCUCUUCGCUAUAGCUAGCUACCUAGAGGCGGAAUCGAAAGUGUAAUGAAUUGCUUAAUUACUUAAUUUACUUAUUUGGAUUUA